AUGCUCGAAAACCAAGCAGCAGUCGUUGAUGCAAAGCUCGCCGAACCCAACGCUCUGGCUACUUCACAGGGCAAGAAGGAACCGGUACCUUUUCUAUUCAAAGACAAGAACACACUGCUUCGAGAAAAGAUUGGCGAAAACGAGAAAUACAGAGAUAUCCUGAUUCAGAUAGUCAAGAGGCGUCUUGAUGCUCUGUUGCCACCCGAAGCCAACCGCAAGGGUGCUGGAGAACAUGCAGGCGAAGUGACAAACACCAACAACGCCAACCACCCAAGUAGCCUCCUUACCGCUAGUGCUCUAAGCAAUCUUCCAGUAGAUCCAGAUCACCAUAGACUCCUCCAGUCAGUUACCCCCAAAAAAACACUUCAGCACAUCUCCUUACCAUACCCAGCCUACCCCUCCCUCACCACUCCCUCUCCUCUCCUCCGAACUGUCCCCCAACAAAGCGAAAUAAGUCCCAUAUCUUCAAGUAAGUUCCUCCAACCAAGACACACCCAAGCCUACCUUUCUCACCAUACUCCCAGCCCACCACCCAUCGACCGCGAACAGCAACGCCGCAUCCGCAUCCAAGAACGCGAGUACCUCACCGCCAAGCUGCGCAUUGUGGAGUGGGAGCGAGAAUAG